GCGUCUGCCGUGGGAAAUAUCCUAACAUGGUCUUUGUGAAUCCACUCGCUUCUCUAAGCUCGUCUUUAUCUUUUUUCCUCCAAAUUUAAUCCUUCGAUUUUCUCUUCCCAUUUUUCCCAGCGUUAUGAUCCUCUUCCCUCACACCGACGUUACCAAAUCUAUCUUUUUAUGGAAAUUUAUUAGGGCUUUUUUAUAUUCCACAAUUUCGAAACUGGAAAACCGCCACUUUUGAAUCAGUUCAAUUCUUCUUGUUCUCGGAAGUAUAUUGUUGUUAAGUUGCUGGAAGAGUUGAAAGCUAAUGGAAGUUUCGUUGAAAUGUUGGUUUCUGUUCGAUUUUUACACUUCUGCUGUUUAAGUUUUUUUUUUUUUUUUUCAUUAUAAUUGAUGCUCACCGUAGCGGAAGAGUGAAGUUUGCGGUUGGAUUUAGUGUGAUUUGUAGAUUCAGCAACCGUCUCUUUUGAUUGUCUGAACUUUUCACCGGCGAAAUCGGGUUUUGUUUUUAUGUUCUGUUGUUUUCUUUGAUUCGUAGUAUCAAUCUUAUUUCAGUCCGUGGUUGAUACUGUGUUUAUAUUAGCGACUAGAAAACUAGUGCUAGCGUUGGAUAUUGAAGUUAUUUUGUAGGAAAUGGCUUGUGAAGCUAUAAAACUGUGGACUUUUAAUGGAUUAGUAGCUGCAUUUCUUGAUCUUGGUAUAGCUUUUUUAUUAUUAUGUGCAUCAAGUCUUGUUUUCUUUACAUCCAAAUUUCUGGCAUUGUUUGGAUUAUGUCUGCCUUGCCCUUGUGAUGGGCUAUUUGGGAACCUUAGUAGGGAUCACUGCUUUCAAAAGUUACUCGUGGAUCAUUCGUCUAGAAAAAUAUCUUCAGUCGUGCAUUCUACUAGAGAAAAGUUCCCAUUAGAUUCCUUGUUGGAUGAACCAAAAUGUUGUUUUAAGUCAAUGUUGGUUCACGAGAGGAGUGUCAAGGAGGCUCGAGUUAAAUUGGAAGGUGAAGCUUCAGGUAGUUCCUCUUUAAAAAUCAGAUCACCACAAGAUAUGAUUUAUGGAGACUAUCCCAGUGUCAAUGAAUUGCAUUGUCGAGAUGGUGGGGAUUGCAGGAAGGUCAUAUCAGCAUCUCCGAAUGUCAUUUUGCAGUCGGAUGUGGAACUUGAAGACCUUUCUCGUUCUCCUUCAAGCUUCAGUGGAUUUGGGGAUGACAAUACCGAGGAUGAUGGAUUUUUUUCUGUUGAUUCUGGAGAUGAAAGGGAGGCUUCAUCAGACAACAGCGAUCAAUAUAAAGUAUUUCCACAUCUUGAACUAGAUGAUUCUUGUGAUGAGAAAAUAUGUGCAGAGAUGUGCGAAGCAUCUGUUGAAGAGGCUGGGAACAGCUGCAGAAGGCAGUUAUGCUUGGAUGGUAAUGAGAGUGAUACAAUCAAACAAUUGGAACAAGCACUUGAAGAAGAGCAGUCGGUUCGCGCUACCUUGUACGUGGAGCUUGAGAAAGAGAGAAGUGCUGCUGCCACCGCUGCUGAUGAGGCCAUGGCUAUGAUAUUACGUCUUCAGGAGGAGAAGGCAUCUAUAGAAAUGGAUGCUAGGCAAUAUCAGAGGAUGAUAGAGGAGAAGACUGCUUAUGAUGCUGAAGAAAUGAGUAUUCUUAAAGAAAUUCUAGUGAGGAGGGAGCGAGAAAUGCAUUUCCUAGAGAAGGAAGUCGAAGCUUUACGGACAAGUUUCUUUGAGUAUGACGGAGUAGGUGUUGAUAUGCUUGACUCGGAAGUUACACCCCCAAGGGCCCCUUCUUUCACCUAUCCAACUGAAGAUCCAUGUACUAAUAUAUCUAACGAAAAACAUUCUUUGCAACAUGAGAUACCCUCAGUGGAGUCGCAAAAAUUAACUUUUGAGUUUGAGGAAGAGUCGCCAUCUAUUCGAGCGGAUGAAAUUGCGGAUGCUGCAAAAGCUAGGAGGCUGUUGUUGCUCCAAGUUCCUGAUAACUUCAAGGGCAGUGAAGAGAUUGACUAUGAGUUACAAGGUAAGGGCAUGAUAGAGGAUGAGAAUUUGUACAUUGUACCAGGAAAAGUAACUGAAUUGGUGCCAUAUUUGCAAAGCAACGAGUCAAAUGGUCUAGGUAAGGUGGAUAAAUGCACGGAAUUGAUUGCAGAUGAACAAGAAAAAGUCGACAAAGUGUCAUAUGAUGGGUUGGCUUUGGCGAAAACAAUUCUUCCUUGUCAUGAAAAGAAUGGUGACCAUCAACGAACAAGAGAUCUCUACUCUGUGAACAAUACAGAUCCUCAUCCUCAUGAUAUUCAUGUUGUUGAAGAUGAAGCUAAAACAUCAAAUGAAGCAGUUGAUAAUGGAAGUGAAGAACCUUUGGUCAAUGGUACCUCAAAUAUUCCAGUUAAAUGUGACAGUCCAUCCUUCAGUUUGUUGCAGAGUGAACUAGACAUCACGAGAAGCAGCUCAGAUGCCACUGGAAGAUUUCCACCAAUUGCUCGUUCUCGAAGUCACUCCAUGCAAUCACAAUUGCGUAGAAAUUCGAUGUCUGCUGUCGAUUAUGAAAGGUCAAAAAUUGGCAAUGAAGUUGAGUGGCUCAGAGGAAGGCUAAAGAUUGUUCAAGAGGGAAGAGAAAAACUCAAGUUCUCUGUGGAGCACAAAGAGAAGGAAAGCAAUCAGUUUCAACUUUUAGAAAACAUAACAAAUCACCUUCGCGAAAUCCGACAACUAACGGACCCUGGAAAGGCAUCUCUCCAUGCUCCACUGCCUCCAUCCUCAAAGGGAACCAUGGGGAAGAAAGUUAAGAAGAAGACGAACCGAGCUCCUCCAAAAGAGAAGCGGGUAUCUUCAAAUUCACCGAGGAAGGUGCCCCAACCAAGCAACACAACGGUGGAGACUGCUGAUGAGGAGGUUUCAAUUGUGAAGGAGAAAAGCCAAUGCCGUCAUCUUGAUAAAUGCUUUAAUUUAAAUGAGUUAUCAUCUAAACUUGGGUCCGCGGAACCUAUUAGCUGUGAAGAUUGUCAAGAUAGUUCAGCUGAUAGAAGGGGGAGUAGGGGGAAGGCUAGACAUGGGAAGAAAAAAGGGGGAACUUCUGUGGAUGUAAAAACUGAUGCCAAAGCAAUUUGGAUUUGUUUGCAAUGUGGGCAUUAUGCCUGUGGAGGUAUUGGACUUCCUACAAACUCUCAGAGUCAUGCCGUUCGACAUGUCAGGCAAACUCGUCACCCUGUGGUGAUUCAGUUUGAAAACCCGCAGCUUCGAUGGUGUUUCUCUUGCAAUACUUUACUUCCAGUAGAGAAAACUGAAGAGAAUGGUGAACAAAAGGAUGGCUUGUCUAAUGUGGUGAAAUUAAUUAGAGACCGAUCGAUGGAAUCCACGCCUGUGGAUGUUGAGAACACGCGUUACGCUAGUAAUGAAGUUACAGCCGCAACUAAAUCAGAAAGUUCAGUAUUGAUUGAUUUGGAUAGAAGAAAUCAAUAUGUUGUAAAAGGAUUGAUUAAUCUUGGUAACACUUGUUUUUUCAAUUCAAUCCUUCAAAAUCUCUUGGCCAUUGAUAUGUUGAGAGAUCAUUUUGUGAAAUUGGAAGAAUGUAUUGGACCUCUAACGAUAGCUUUGAAGAAGAUCUUUAUAGAAGCAAGAACGGAAAGCAGAAUGAAAGGCUCAAUAAAUCCGAGAUCAGUUUUUGGCUGCAUCUCUUCCAAAGCUCCUCAGUUCAAAGGAUAUGAACAACAUGACAGUCAUGAAUUGCUUCGUGUUCUACUUGAUGCAUUGUCUUCUGAAGAGCUGACUUCAAGGAAGAUGACAAAUUCUAAGGAAGAGAGAAUAUCUGGAAACCUCACUCCUACUUUUGUUGACGAGAUGUUUGGAGGGCAAAUAUCAAGUGCCGUUUGUUGCAAAGAAUGUGGCCAUACAUCAACGGUUUACGAACCAUUUCUAGAUCUCUCUCUUCCCGUUCCAAUGAAGAAGCCUCUGGCCAAAAAGGUCCAACCAGUGUCUCGAGCUAAGAAGACAAAAGUGCCACCCAAGAGAAAUGGAAAGACGAUUCCUAAAACUAACAAGGUUUCCGAUAUUGUACCAGUUCAAAUUGCGUCAGUUCCAUCAUCUAGUAACGAGUCUUCCCUUCCAUCAGAGGCCUGUGCCAGUAGCACAACUACCAUUAUGGAGAAGACUUCAACUUCUCAAAAUGUCUCUGAUGCUAAAAAGUCUGAAAAAGAAAUUUCGGUUGAGAAUGGAGGAGAAUGUGCUUCAGAUAAUUUGACUUGGCUGGAUUUUCUUGAACCAGAACUGAAUGCCGACAAUUGUGAUAUUUCCACUGCUCGGGAUUCUGAAAAUAAUGUUGAAGUAUUUAUUAGUGACGAUUCACAACAAAGCGUUUCUGGGUUGAGUAUGCCAGUUUCAUCCAUUCACAAUGAGCCCAAUCAACGACCAGAUUUUUCUUCAGUAAAUUCGUGGGAUGAUGAAGCUCCUUUACAGGUGCAAGCCUCUGAAGUUUUGUUGCUUCCUUACAAGGAAGAGAGUUCCUCUGCUGAAGUAGUAAAAGAAGAUGAUCAGGCUUCCUCAUCAAUUUUGGGCUGUGCUCAAGAAGAUUUUGAUGGAUUUGGCCUUGGUGAUAUGUUUGAUGAGCCUGAAAUUCCUAUAGGGCCCAUUGGGAGGCCCUCCACUUCAAAUGAAGUUGCAGAAAGUAGUUUUAAUAGUGAGUCUGAUCCUGAGGAAGUCGAUAACACCGAUGCUCCCGUCUCUGUGGAGAGUUGUCUCACUUUUUUCACAAAGCCGGAACUUCUGUCCAACGAGAAUGGAUAUAACUGUGAGAAAUGCUCAAAAAGACUACAACAACAGAGGUUGGAAAUGAAGAAGCAAUCAAAGGUUGCUUGCAAAGCUGUAGCAAAUGGAUGCCAAACUGCAGUAGGGGGUGAUAUAUCUAGUUGCAACGAGAACUCUUCAGUUGAAGUAAAAAAUCAAAGAAAUACGAAUUUAACAAAUGGUUCUAUAAUUUAUAAUAGUGGUGAAAGCUCCAAUUUGAAAAAGAAUGCAGAUUGUUCCAGUCAAGAUUGCACAAAACCUGUCAAUUGCCAGAUAGGCAAGACAGAUCCCCUCGUUUUGGAUGAGGAUGAAGCGAAGGUUGACAAAGAUAUGAAUCCUGGCCUAUCAUGUUCUUCGGGUUGUAGUAACACCUGCAAUCAAGAGAAUUCAGAUGAUAAAUCCAGUUCUCUUCCCAACGAUGAACAUGCUAAAACUAAAAUUGAGCACUUGAGUUCACAUCUAUCUGUCGGGAACCAAUCAGAAGAAAGUGAAGAUGGUGAGAUGGAUUCUGAUCCAACAGUUGUGAAUGUGAAGAGAGAUGCAACAAAGAGGUUUCUCAUACACAAAGCCCCUCCUAUCUUGACAAUUCAUAUGAAGAGGUUCACUCCUGAUGCUCGGGGUCGUUAUAGUAAAUUGAAUGGCCACGUCAGAUUCAAGGAAACAAUUGAUCUUAAACCAUACGUGGAUACAAGGUGUGCUGAUAGGGACAAGUGUAAUUAUCGGUUGGUCGGGGUCGUGGAGCACUCUGGAUCUAUGAGAGGGGGCCAUUAUGUUGCAUAUGUGAGAGGGGGCAACAGAAAGAGGAGUAGUGGGGAAGCUGAGGAAGAUGCUUCUGUUUGGUAUUAUGCAAGCGAUGCCGUCGUAAAUGAGGUUACCCUGGAUCGGGUUCUUGGUUGCGAGGCAUACAUCCUAUUUUAUGAGAUAACAUGACAAAUCUUUGGCUAACACGUGCUUACUUCUUCAUAACCUCCAACAGAAAGAGAGAAGAAAGAGAGAGAGAGAGAGAGAGAGAGAGAGAGAGACAAAUAGGCUGGUGAGUGUACAACACCUCUUACAAAAGAAUUUUUCCCCUCAGUAAAAAGAAAAAUCCAUUCUUUUGAUCUAUUAGAUCUAGGUUUUGAAAUAUGAUUAUCACAAAAUUUGUGUUAUUGUCAUUGCCAAUAGGGGGUGUGAGGGGCUUGAGACCCUAUCCUUUUUCACCCCGGAUUUUGUCAUAUGAGAUAAAUGAUUGCUCAAUUAUUCCUUUUUCCAUCUA